AUGGCUCCAACUCUUCAACUCAUUACUUGUGAGCCAGAACACGGUAUAUCCAGUAAAGACAGUGCUGCAGGCAUGAAAGAAGAGAAAUAUAUAGAAGAAGAAGAAGAGGAGGAGGAGGAGGAUGAGGAGGAUCUUUUUGAAAUAGAUUUGGAAGCCGUCGGCAACCUUUCUCCACCAUGUUACUGGGGAACGUAUUUGACUGCAACCAAAAACACCCUUUUCGCCAACUGUUUGGUCCCUAUAGAGUAUGUUUCGUCUGCUGUACCCAUGGCUAAUCUGAAGGAUGCUAAACAGACAUGGAUGGGAUAUGAAUCCGGAACAGUUGUAUGGGUAAGAGGAGCACUGCCAUUGCAGAAUUUUGUUGGUGUUUCUUCAUUGGGUGCUUUGAGUAAUCUGCUACAAAAGACAUUGGAUGUUUCAUCCUCUUUAAACCAAGGGAAAUGA